AUGACCAUGGACCUCGACCCGGUGUCGACGAGCGAACCACUGGCUUGGCCGUCUCUCAACGCCUUGUUUGCCGACAGGGUCAAGACGAUGGCCGACAGAGUGUUCCUCUGCAUUCCCAGAUCAGGCUUUGACGAGAAUGCGUCGGCUUUUAUGUUCGACGAGUACACGUUCGGUCAAGUGGAUGAUCUGGCCAACGAGGUGGCUGCAUCGUACGCCGCCGACCUGCCUCCCAGACGCCAAGCUCAGACAAUCCGUACUGUCGCUCUCUUGGCACCCAGCGGCUUCGACUAUAUUGUCAACUUUCUUGCGCUCUCACGCCUCGGACACUCUGUCGUGUUCUUGUCCACCAACAACUCGACAGCUGCUCUCGCUCAUCUCGUCAAGCUCACCGCAGUGCAAACCGUUCUGUACAGCUCCGACAAGGCGGAUGCUGCUGACGCUCUGAAGCAUCUGCUCGUAAACCAAGGUCUUGCGUCGGUUCGACUGCUCCGCUGGACUACCGCCUCUCAAGCUGCCAAACUGGCACUUGCUGGUACAAUGCACUCGGAUAACUACACCUCGGCUCUAAGCUAUGAACAAGAGAGCACCGAGGCCGCUUUCUGCAUCCAUUCAAGUGGAUCUACAGGCUUCCCCAAGCCCAACAUGUUCACAACCUGGUCCUGUUCCCAAGAUUUCACAAAGUCCACAUUCACCACGCUACCACUCUUCCACGCUUACGGCUUCUCCACGCUUUGGAUCGCGGUCAAAGACGGAACAAAGCUCUUCCUAUACAAUGCUCGACUUUCUGCUGAUCUACUCGUUGCAGCAAUUCAAGCAAGCAAUCCAGACAAACUGUCUCUUGUUCCGUACGUCAUCAAGCUUCUCUCAGAAACCGAGGCAGGUCUGUGUGCGCUGGAAAGAGCCAAGCUGGUCUACUCGGCAGGCUCGGCGGUCCCUAGCGAGGUCGGCGACAAGCUUGUUGCUGGACACAAUGUUCGACUGAUGACCUUGUUCGGCUCCACCGAGACAGGCGGUCUCAUGUCUAGCGGCCGAGACUUUGCCAACGACAAGCACUGGGAGUACAUGCGACCUACUCGAGCGUUUCGUCGGUUUAUGAGGCUCGAAAACCGCGGAGUGGAUGCUUCGGGACCUUUCGAGCUGAUCGUAGGUGCUGGAUGGCCCUGCCUUCUGGAAACUAAUCGUCCAGACGGAUCGUAUGCCACCCGAGAUCUGUUCGUGCCGCACCCGACCAUUGCGGAUGCAUACAAGUAUGUUGGACGCGCAGAUGAUACGCUGGUUCACUACAACGGCGAAAAGACAAAUCCGGUUCCCAUGGAACUCGCCAUUCGAGCAUCGCCUUACGUGGCCGAAUGUCUGGUCUUUGGUGCAGGUCGUUCACAGCCAGGGGUGUUGAUCGUUCCCUCGGAUGAGGCAGUCCACACAGCCAAAUCCAAAGCAACUUGUCAGGAACCAAUCGCUCACCAAAUCAGCAAGCUCGUCUGGACCGCAGUGGAAGCUGCCAACAAGGAAGCACCUUCGCAUUCACAGAUCAUCCCGGAACUCGUCAAGGUGCUGCCGGCAAACACGCAAUUUGCCUCUGCGGAUAAAGGCUCGCUGAUUCGCGCAAAGGUGAACAAAGCCUUUGAGCGUGAAAUCGACGACGUGUAUACAGCCUACGAGGCUGGGACGAGCAAUGCCGACGAUGCGCCCAAGCUCACCUUGCUCAGCAAAGACGCAAGCGUCGAGGUCGUCGCACAGAUCAUUUCCGAGGUGACGGGUCGGCCCGCCUCUGAGCUGCAUUCAGAGCUGAGACACACCGACUUUAUCCAGCUUGGUAUUGACUCGCUGCAGGCGACGCGCAUCCGUAAUCUGCUCCAGAAACGCGUUGAAAUGGCUUCCGCUUUGCCUAGCAAUCUGAUCUUUGACUGCCCAACUGUCGAAGAGCUUUCCGGAUACUUGUACAAGCAUACUUGCACUAACGCCAACGGUAAAGCCGUCGUGGAGCGCGGGGAACACGAUACCAUCCUUGCAAUGCUCGAGCAAUACAAGGGUCAAAUCCAGAGGCGCAAUCCUCAACUUAGCCAAGGCGUGGCCCAAGGUGGAAUCGCCAAGCAUACGGUGGUGCUGACCGGGUCGACUGGCUCGCUGGGUGCUCACCUUGUGCAUCAGCUCGCGCUCAUCAGUGAUGUCGAGACCAUCAUUUGCCUGAACCGUGCCAAGAAUAACGACGAUGCGCGAAAGAGGACUGACGAAUCCUUGCUGACGCGCGGCCUGGCAAACCUGGAUCACCUUGCCUCUUUGACGCACACUGAAAUCUUGUGCUUGGCAGCGGACCUUGUCAAGCCCAAGCUCGGUCUGGAUGCUGUCUCGUGGAAGCUUGUCUUUAACAAAGCAACGUGUGUGAUCGACAAUGCUUGGCCCGUCAACUUCAACAUGUCGGUCCAAUCCUUUCGUCCUGCGAUUCAGGGAUCGGUGAAUCUGAUCAAUCUGAUUGCGCAGAGUGCGGCUACUUCAACACCUCGCUACAUCUACUCGUCCUCGAUUGCAGCCGUGAUGGGGGCGUCUGCUCUGCGUGUUGAGGAGGCAUACUCAGAGCACGCCACGGAUGCGUCCGAGAUGGGCUAUGGCCGCUCCAAGUGGAUUGUCGAGAAAGUCUGCCAACAUGCUCAACAUCAUGUGGGUAGCGGCUUUGAUGCUGUGAUAGCGCGCAUCGGGCAGAUGGUCGGUGACCGUCAAUCGGGGAUUUGGAACGAGACCGAGGCGUGGUCACUGAUGAUCAAGUCGGCUCAGACGAUUGGCUGCUUUCCGAAGCUGAGCGAGUCGAUCGCUUGGCAGCCUGUGGACGACGCUGGCUUCCUGAUUGCGCACAUGGUCCUCCCCUCUCGACUCGAAGGUGUUUUCCACGUCAUGAAUCCAGCUACUUGCUCUUCUGAUCAACUUGUGGAGCUACUGGCACGGCCAGAAAACCUUGGAGACGGGUUUGAAGUGGUAGAGUCGAGCGAGUGGGUUCGUCGCUUGUCCGAGUCUGACCCUGAUCCCAAGAAGAACCCAACGAUCAAGCUGCUCGGCCAUUUCCAGUUCCGUUUCGGCCACACAGAAAGGCAUCCUGGACAAGACAACAGAGUCUUCAGCACCGACCGUCUGCGCGCGGUUUUCGAGAGGCUUGGUCUGAAACAAGAGCUCGAUUCGAUGCUGGUCCCUCUCGAUGCAACGUUGUUGCACAACAUUGUUGCGGCAUGGAGACGCACCGGCUUUCUCAAGUAG